GCUCUGGAUGGUAAAGUGGCAGUGAGUACGAAGAGAGAGAGAGAAGGAGGAGAGACAAUACAAGGAGAGAAGUCAGUGAGUGUGAUUGCUAGACCAGCGCACAUUGGAGCGGAGAGCAGCGUUGUGGACCUGCGCUGCUGUCAGAGCUCUUUGCUUUGGAAUCUGUCAGACAGCGAAAUGAUAUAUGAUAAAGACAAGUGUUACAUAAAGUAUCAACAUUUUUAACAAGUUCUACUUUUGCACAAAAGGGGAAGUAGCUGGUGUUUUCUCUCUCGUCGCUCACAGGGACUUACUUCUCCCAAUCGCACUUUCAUAUUCCAAGUGAGACGGGGACGGUUGAGAUUAUGGGGACGGUGAGCGAACUCUGUGCGUCGAGCUUCCAGGCGUUCUUGUGUCCCACAGUUUGCCCGGCUCCUCCAGCAGUACCGGACGACCUGACGCCAGAGGAGAAGCAGGAGCUGGAGAACAUUAGGAGACGAAAACUGGAGCUGCUGGAGGACAUACAGCGGCUCAAGGAUGAGAUAGCAAAGGUGACGAAUGAGAUCGAAAGUCUUGGCUCCACUCAAGAAAGAAUAAACAUGCAGCGGAGUAAACAGGUGGCUAUGGGACGCAAGAAAUUUAACAUGGAUCCCAAAAAGGGUAUUCAGUUCCUCAUAGAGAAUGAACUGCUGAAGAACACUUGUGAAGAUAUUGCUCAAUUUCUCUACAAGGGUGAGGGCCUCAACAAGACCGCCAUCGGAGAUUAUCUGGGUGAAAGGGAUGAGUCCAAUAUUCAGGUUCUUCAUGCCUUUGUGGAGCUUCAUGAGUUCACAGACCUCAACCUGGUUCAGGCACUCAGACAGUUUUUAUGGAGUUUCCGGUUACCGGGUGAAGCUCAGAAGAUCGAUCGAAUGAUGGAGGCUUUUGCCCAGCGUUACUGUCAAUGCAAUCCCGGUGUCUUUCAGUCCACAGAUACAUGUUAUGUGCUUUCAUUCGCAAUCAUCAUGUUGAACACAAGUCUGCACAACCCUAAUGUGAAGGACAAGCCAUCUGCAGAGCGGUUCAUAGGCAUGAACAGAGGCAUCAAUGAUGGAGGAGAUCUGCCUGAAGACCUGCUCAGGAACCUUUAUGAGAGCAUUAAGAACGAGCCCUUCAAGAUACCUGAAGAUGACGGCAAUGACCUCACGCACACCUUCUUUAACCCCGACCGCGAGGGCUGGCUGCUCAAACUGGGUGGACGGGUCAAGACGUGGAAGAGGAGAUGGUUCAUAUUGACUGACAACUGUUUGUAUUAUUUUGAAUACACCACUGAUAAAGAGCCGAGAGGGAUCAUUCCUCUGGAAAAUCUCAGUAUUAGGGAAGUCGAUGACUCCAAGAAGCCAAACUGCUUUGAACUCUUCAUCCCAGACAACAAGGAUCAGGUCAUCAAAGCCUGUAAGACUGAAGCAGAUGGACGGGUUGUGGAAGGAAACCACACGUUCUACCGCAUCUCAGCACCAACAACAGAGGAGAAAGAUGAGUGGAUCAAAAGCAUCAAGGCUGCCAUAAGCAGAGAUCCUUUCUAUGAGAUGCUUGCUGCCAGGAAGAAGAAAGCCUCCUCUCUGAAGAGACAGUAGGGCAACAUGGAGACAUGCAAAAAGGAGUUUGUACAUGGACCUGGAAAACAGGCGAAUGAUAAACGGAAGCCAUAACGCUGGAUUGGAGCGAUUUUAAUCUCAGGAAUGACCUUGAGUUUUGAAGGUUAUCGUGCAGUUGGCUUUCUGAGUUGUCUGACAUUUAUGUUUGUUUAGUUCAUAUUGAAAGGACGUUGAGUACUCUCAUACAUCAUCAUCAUCAUCAUCUCAAAUCAGCAGGUCUGACUGAAUGUGGAUCUCAUUCGGCUUUUGUAAGCUUGCUGCAGACAUGAGCGUUCCUCUCUGUGCUUUAUACAUAUUAAAUGCUAAUUGUGCACCUAUUUUUACACUGCUAUGUACUGUAAAUAUCUGGGAGAGUUUUGGCCUUGUUUUGAGACUAUCUAGCUUUGUUUCUGUUGUUUCUGAUCUGCUGUCAUAUUUAUGUUUUUGUUGUCAUUUUUCACAUUUUUCACCAAAGUUUGUCUUUCCAUUUUAUACUGCCCUAAAAACAGAAGUUGAGUGCUUGGGUGCAUGAAAUUUAUAUAUUUUUUAAAUCUUAUUUUGAUGCUGUUUAUUUGGCUUAAACAGUGUUUUAUUUAAAAUAUCAGGACAUUAUUCACUGAUCUCAUAGGUGGCCUUGAAAGACAUUUCAGUAAGUUUGGUUCACAUGAAAACAAAAAACAAAUGAAACUACUGAUUUAAGUUUGUUUUUACUGUUUUGUGUUUUACCACCUUAAAUGUACUGGUUAAAUUAACGCCCCCCCACAUUUUCUGCUUUAAAUGCACUGAUAGUUGAGAGAAACUCUUAAAUACUAAUUUAUCAAUGCUGUACAUAUUUAAACAUGUAAGUUGUUUUAUUUUUUGUCGUCAAAAUAUACUUUGUGCAAAAGUAAUGGGGUGGAAAAAAAAGGUUUUGACCUGUUCAUUCAUUUCACCAUUGCUCUGUAAUCUUGUGUAUAAAAUAAAUCUGAAAUGAUUGCGCUUUACAAGUACAA